AAAAUGCACUGCUCCACGAAACCAGAACAGCUCGUCCCCCAUAUCCACUCGUCCGACGGCGCCGGCGGCGCGACCGGAGGCCGGAGCUCCUCCCGCCCAGAUCCCCGUCCCUUCCUCCUCUCCGUCUCUUGCAGUCUGAGCUCAACUACCCCAAGGCGCCCUUCCUCCUCCGCCGCAUCCCGAUCUGAUGGCCGGAUCUUGGAACUGGGCGGAUCUACCGGACGGGCCGACGGCGCUCAUCGCCGACCGCGUCCUCGCCUUCGACGUCGCCGACUACGUUCGCUUCCGCGCCGUGUGCCUCCCGUGGCGGCGGUGCUCAGCGGGCCCCCGCGAGCACGGCAGCCUCGACCGCCGGUUCCAUCCCCGGCGGUGGACCAUGCUCCGGGAGGAGCUCGCGGCGCCCAACCGCCGCUCCUUCCUGAACACCUCCACCGGCGAGUGUGUCCAGGUGGACCUCCCGGAGCUCCAUGACCACACUGUGCUCGCCCUCACCCCCGAGGGCCUCCUCAUUCUGCUCCACAAGCUGCAGCGCACCACCGUCCGCCUGCUCAACCCAUUCACCGGCCACCUCACGGAACUCCCGCCGCUCACCACGCUGCUAUCUCCACCGCACCACCACAUGCUUAUGUCUGGUAUUGACCGUUUGGAAAGGGUGUUCGCAGCGUGGGGCUCCGGCGUUGCCAAUGAUGAUUCCACAGUUGUGCUCUGCUUCUACAAGCUGGGCGUGCUUGGCAUGGCCAAGCCGAGCGAUGACCACUGGACGUUGGUGAAAUGCAGAUUUAAUUCAAUGGGAGCACCCUUAAUGCUGGCAGGCCGCUUCUACUGCGUUUGCUUGCACAAUGGUCUCAUGGUGCUGGAAACCAGCGCGGAUCAGCCACCACGGCUGGAGAUGGCCUCCCAGCUGAAUUUCAGUGCCUCUACGAUUGGUUAUAGUGUGCACCUGGUGAACAAUUGUGGGGAGCUCAUGCUGGUGCACCGUUGGUGUGGACCAUUGUCACCGGUCAACAGAGUGGGUUAUUGGUACGAUGCAUAUCGAGUGGAUUUGGACAAGCGGAAGAUAUUCCCGGUCAACAGCUUGGGCGGCGCCGCAGGGCGUGUGGUGUUCAUGGGCAUGCAUUGCUCUCUAUUGGUGUCUCUAGAGAAUUUCCCCUCCGGUUCCAUAACUGCUGACACCAUCUACUUAGGCUUUGACAUUGCUGAAAGAGCGGAGUUUAAAGUUGGAGAAUAUCAUCUCGCAGAUGAAAGCAUUGAAGGCACCAGCAGAUAUCAGGGUCGCUUGGUGCCACGGCCGCAUACUCUUGUUGACUGUCUAUCUUUAGCCAAUACUGUCUGACGAGCUAUCCCAUUUCCUUGAUGCUUAGCAUGCAUGUAUGCGCGAUAUGUACUCUUGUAUCCCAUUUGGUUAGCUACUAUUUGAGUCUAUGUAUCUAGCUAGAGUUAUCAGUUAUGUAGAGAUGACUGGUCGUGUUAUGCACUCUUUUUUGCUGAGUUUCGUUUGAAGAUGUGCACAUGCAGGUUUGUAUGCGUACUAUUUGGAAACGAAGUGUGUUGCACUGUCUUGCAUGAGUGCAAUUAUUUGCCUAAUCAAUUUGUGACCAUGCCUAAAAGAAGAGCAACUGGUUUCCUUUGUCGGAAAGCAAGCCUGUCUGCUUUCAUGGCUGGAAGGUUGUUUUGGGCUGGGGUGACAUUGUGAGAUCUUUGGGAAAAGAUGGUUAGUUGAAUAACAAACCUCCUUCUGCCCUUUACCAUGAUUUAUAUGACAAAUGUAAGCAUAUGCAUUUUCUUGCAAGUUACUCCUUCCUGCCUUCUAACAUGCCGUUGAGAAAAGAUGUGUAACCUUGUACCCAUCACACAUGCACCAUGAAGUUAUUUUGUUAAUAGAUAUUUGAUAUUAGUACAGUCUGUAAACUUGUUGUCUCAGUGAUCUCUACGGUCAGGUUAGUGGUCACUUGACGUUGUUAGGUCAAACUUGACUAUUGCUUUUUUAGUAAGGUUAGCAAAAUAUCUAUCAAUCUAUGUAAAUUCAGAACUUCCUUUGGACAUGAGCUCAAGGUUUUAGUUGUUCAGAUUGAGCCAGGUUUGUUUUUCAACUUUGCUUAUCAUGUUAGGAACUUUUUUGAGUCACUUUGCACGAAUUUGCAGUUCCCCAGUUGAAGGAUUUUGCCCAUGCUUGAAAUACGCUUCACAAUUUUCAGCAUGUUCCCCUGUGGACCUUGCAAAACAUUAUAUGAGUUACCAUUAUUCGACCCCAACCUAGUUGUUUUGCUGGAGCCAAGUAUUUCUUGAUAGCAAAGCGGAAGCGGGCAACACUGGCUAUUUUGGGUGUUCAGGAGAACCACUUGUUCAGAAGCUGGAUGAAUUUAACAUUGACAACGCUGGACUUCCUAUGAAUGGCUAUAUGACUUUAUGUGGCUGGUCAGCAUUAUGUUUUGUUUACUGCACAUCAUUCUUUUCCCCUCUCAGAGAUAGAUAUUCAUGUUUGCUCCACAUGUCAUAGUCUUGGUUUUUUAUGGUGCUAGAUGUCCGUAUGGCUCAUAUUACUUACUCAACUGCAAAACUGCGGCAUUUGUUGCCAAUAAAUCUUGAUUUAUGUCUAGCAGGUACUGAGCUCUUCCAGUGAUGUGAAUGCCUCACCAUUUUCAUCAUCCAACACAGAUCCCAAUUUUUGGUUGCUGGCAGCAGUCAGGCAAUUUGUUAAAAAAUUCUGAAAUUAAAUUAAGCUAUGGGUAUUGCA